AUGAAAAAUAAAAACAUUAUUGCUCCUCCUCAUCUUAAUCAAAAUCUUCUAAAGAAAGUUAAACUUUGUGAAGAUAGUUAAUGCAAUACACUUUUAAAUGAGAAUUCCAAUAAUUUUGAAUCAUUUCCUACCUUAUCAAAAAUUGCAUCAAAAUAUCUAAAUAAACCUUCUCUUAGAGAAAGAUUUCAACAAAUUAAUGAUACAGGAAAUAUACAAACAAGUAAAUAUCACUCUUUAAUCUCAAUCCUAUCUACAAUAGAUGCAUAAUUAUUGUUUUUAAAAUAAAGAGUAUUUUUAUAAUUUAUUUUAGAGAGAAUCUUUAUUUUGGCCUAAUAUUGUUAAAAGUUGUUAUGAUUCUUCAUAAUUAUAAGUUACCACUAGAUAAAUUCUUGAAAUCAUGACUGUAUGGGAUUAAAGUUAUAUCAUAACAUGGGAAAAAUUUGAAAAACAAAAUGGAAAUUAUGAACUUCUUAUAAAAUUACCUGAUAAACAAUUUUUAAACUCUUUAGAAUUGAAUUCUAGAAAAGAAUUAUUUAAAGAAAAACUUGAAUUCUAUCUAUAAUUAAAUGGAGAUUAUAUAGAACCAUAUAAAUUACCAUAAAAACCAUCACUUCAUGAUACUAAUUUAUAAAAAUAGACAAAUAUAUAGACUAAAAAUGAGUGUGUUCAAUUUUCUAAAUCAAUUAAUAUAUCCAAAAUCUUUUCAGAUAAGGAUAAAUAAAGUAAUAACAAACCUUUAUCUAAUGUAUCCUAAAAGCUUAUAGAUAAAUUAAGAGAAAGAAAAUUGGAAGAAAAGCAAAAGACAGAGUAAUCUCAAGAUGAAAAACAAUUAUUUUCCAAAAAAUAAUGUGUCUUGAUAGCAUCUAUGCUACAUUAAUAUUAUUAUUAAAGAGAUGUAUCAAAUAUGUUUUUCAAUAAUGUACUUAAAUAUAUUUAUGAACAUAAUUAAAGUAUUUUAAUGAGUGAUGAGUAAAUUAAAAACAUCAUAAGUAUUUAUUUCAAAUUAUCAAGUAAAUUUUGUUGAAAAGAUUGACAAUUGGCUUCAGUUAAUUGAUAACCCUGCAGGGUAAAUUCUUAGAUUAAAUAAAGAAAUUGAUCUGCCAAAUAUUAUAAACUAAUUACAAUGA